AUGGAGGUCGCCCCGCGCAGUGGCGGUCCGCCCGACGUCGACCGCUUGAGCGCCCAAGUCCGCGCGACGGCCGAGAAGCUGCGCAAGCGCGCUGAAGACGCAGCGUUGAGAAACGGAACGCAGGCGUCGGCGGCCAUGCUCCUCUCGGUCGACCAGCUACUGCAAGCCGCCGAUCUUUUGCAGCUCCAGCAGACGCAACUCGCGGCAAAGGCGCCUCGAAGCGGCGCGAUGUCCUCGAUGCACAUGUCGUCGACGAUCCGACACCUUGUGCAGGUGGCCAACAUGCUCGACAAGAAGAGCGACGAGAUGAAGGCGAAGCAGGCCAUGGGUCCCGCCAACGCGCUGGCCACGUCCGCGUCGCACGUCCGCACGGGCGUCGACGCUCUCGAGCGCAUCCACACGUGGGUCCACGACCAAUUGGGCGAGGCCGUGACCGUCGACUUGGACAUCAUCGCGGCCUUGGAGCAGAUCUCAGGCCAUGGGACGUCGGCGCCAGAGGUUGACGUUGCAGCGCAUGUUGCCAGCGCCGUCGAGCAGGAGCAGGCCAAGUACGCGCUCGACAUUGGCGCUCUUCGGGCCCAACUCGAUGCGCAAGUCGCAGCGGUCGAAGCGUACAAGCAGAAGCUCGACGAUACACUCGAGGCCGCGGACGCAGAGCGUGAAGACCUCAGCGCACGCGUGGCAGCCAACGAGAUGGAGCGCGACGCUGCCCGAGCUGAACUUGAGGCGCUCACGAGUGAGCUCCGCGCCAGAGAAGACACGGCACGCGACGAAGCGCACGCCCACAAAGUCGCUCUCCAAGCUCUGCGCGAUGACCUCGUCUCGCUGCAAGCAACGGCCGCCGCCGCCGAAGCUUCGUGGCGCCAGCAGUUGGACGAGCAAGCUGCAGUGCUCGCGUCCGAAGCAGCGUCCGAGCGCCAAUCACAGCACGGCGCGGAGCACGAGCUCUUGGCCAUGACGUCAUCGCUCGCGUCAUUGCAGGCGGCGCUGGACGAGGCGCGGCGUGAGCAAAACGAUGCCACGGCAAAGCUGGCAUUUGCCCACGAGGUUUUGGUUGCGAAAGAGACUCGCAUCUCGGACCUCGAAGCCGCGCUGGCUGCAACGGCGAGCGACCCAAGCCCCCGCGUUAACGAGGUCGAUCCUCCCGAAGCUGACGACUCGCUGCGCCAUGCGCUAUCGGCCGCGCUGGAGCAUGUGACCGAGCUGCAGGCAAAAGUGCAGUCGCUCGAAGCGACCAACGCGGAGCUGCAAACGCGCCUCCAUGAAGCCAACGCUGGCGAGAACGCUGCGGCGACGCUCCGUGCCGAGAACGACGAGCUUCGCGCCGCCGUCCAGAGCGCAGUGUCGCUCCAGAGCACGUCGGAAGCGCGGGCUGCAACGCUGGAAGCUGCUAUGACGAAGCAAGCUGCCGACACGGAAGAGCAGCUCAUCGACGUCUGCGCUCAGCGAGACGCUGCGGUGACAGCACAGAAAACACUCCAAACUGAGCUCGAAGCAGCGCGCGUGGAUCUCCGCGACGCCUCGGCGAAGGCGGAUUCCCUGCAGCAGCAAGCCGACGCGCUCCAAGUAACAUCGACGGACGUAAAAGCCGAGUUGGCCGAGGCCCGCGCCCAGCUGAGCACGGCGCUCGCAACGCAAUCCGCUCGGAGCGCCAGCGAAGCGGCGCUGCAGCUGCAGCUCCAAGCCGCGCGGAACGAGCUCCACGAAACAACCUCGUCGAUAGCGUCGCUGCAACGCCAAGUCGACACGCAUCAAACAAACGAGCAGGCUGUGACGCUGGAGCUUCAGCGUGCCGACGCAGCCCAGACGCAACUCCGCAGUGAAAUUGACAGCGUUCGCGCCGAGCUCACUGCGCGGGAUACGACCUGUGCUCAGCUUGCCGAGCGCCAGCGCGGUCUCGACACGCAGCUGUCGCAGCUGAAGGCGCAGGCGCAGGCAGCCGGGGCCGACUGGCGUCUCGAGAAGGCCGCCGUGACCAAGCUCUUGCACAACUGGCAGUCGGACUUGCGCGAAAAGUGCGACGUGGUGCUGAGCCAAGUGGUGGCCGGCGACGCGACGAACUUGCAGACGCUCCAGGCAGCCUUUGACCAGUACAAGACGCGGGCGGCCGCGGCGCUCAAGAAAGCAGAGAGACGCACGGCGCUCCUCAACCCGAUGCGCAAUGCAAACGAGGCAUUGAGUGCCCGCGUCGCGGACCUCGAAGCCCAGCUGCGCGACCAGCAGCAGCACGUCGAGGCGGCGCACAUGGCCGUCGAAGAAAUGACCACGCGGAUGAUGAGUCUCGACGAUCUUGCCGCAGCGGUCGAGCAAGCGGCGUACGCGCAAGCCGCCUUGGAGGCCAAGGAGGCGGAUAUGGAGGGCUUGCGCUGCGAGGUCGCUGCGUCAGCGGCUCAGCUGGACUUGGCCGAGGCCGUUGUCGCAGAGAAGGACAAGCUCAUUAGCUCGCUGCGAGAACAGAUGCGUGAGCUGCAGCAGGCGCUUGAGGCAGCCGAAGCCAACCACGCAGUGACCCUUGCCGCCAAGGACGCAGCGAUUGCCGCCGCCGUCGGCACGCGUGACGCCAUCCUCGCCGAGGCCAAAAUCGGCAAAGUGGCGCUUGAAACCAAGCUCUCGUCGCAGGCCGCUGCCUACGACGAGCGCAUCGAACUCAUCCACCGCGACUAUGCGCUGCAGCAAGAGGCCAAGAAGGCACUCGACGUUCCAGACGGCACCAAGGCGGCGCUGCACAAGGCCACGGAAGCGGACGACCUGCGUCGCGCGACAGAAGCCUUGGAAGCUUUGCACGCCGACGAGAUCCUUGGCCUCCAGGCCACAUUGCACGCUGAGAAGGACCGCGUCGCAGCGCUCACCAGCCGAAUCUCGCAGCUCGAGGCAACGCUCGAUGGACAGGCGGCGCUCGUUGACGAAGCCCAGCCGCUCUCGAUCGAGGUCGCGCCAGUUUCGACAGCUACGGCGCUGCCUCCGCCGCCGGCGCCGCUACCGUCGUUUGGUCCGCCGUCCAUCCCGCGGGCUGCUUCGAUGCCUGCUUCGUCGGACAUUGAGAUCCUGACGGCCAAAGUGCUCGCGCACGAGAGCACGAUUGCCAGCUUGCAAGAGACGCUGACCGAGAAGCUGCAGCAGCUCGCGGCGCUCAAGCAGCCCAAGCACGUCACGGUCCUCGAAGACCUUCAGCGUGUCGUGGACGAAGAGCGGGACGCGGUCGCCCAGCGCCAGGCGUGGCACGCCCAGCAGAUGGCGUCGCUGACCGCCGCCGCCAAUGCGUGGCUCGAGUCGGCGCGGGCGCAGUUCGCCCGCCACGAAGAGGUCCAGGCGGCGCUCGAGAAGCGCGUGUCGCUGCCGGCGCCCGACGUCGCAGCCAUCGCGUCCGACGUGAUGGAGCCCGGUCUCAUCUUCAAGAGCGGCGUCGUCGUCAAGGCCGGCGCCAGCUUCUCGCUGCCCGUCGUUUGCACCGUCGGCACGGUCGUCGACUGGACCUUCCGCAUCGACGAGGUCGGCGGCGACGUGGACUUUUCACUGCGCUUUGUCAGCGACGACGGCGCGCGCGAGGUGCAGCCGCUGGACCGCGUCGAGAAACUCAGCGGCACCUUCCCCGUCGACGCGCCCGGGACGCUCACGUUCUCUUGGGACAAUAGCUUUUCGUGGCUCAACGAAAAGACGCUCGACUACCACGUCGCGGUGCUCGAGCGCGUGGACGUGGCCACGCAAGCGCGCCGGCGCCAGGUCGCCGCGUCCGACGCCGAGCUCGCGCGUCUCCGCGACCAUCUCGCCCUCCUGACAACGGAGGAAACCGUGAUGGGAGACCUUCUUGCCUUCCAGGCGACGGGCGCGCCGCUCCUCCAGAACCUCCAGCUGUGCCUCGAAGAGUGUUUGGCCCAUCGCGAGAUGGUCGUGUGUCCCAAGCUCGAGCAAGUACAGGCGCGCAUGGAGGCGCUCAAGGCGAUGAUUGGCCUCUACGUGGCCGAGCAACACAAGCUCAGCGAGUCGUCGGCGACGCUCAACGAGCUCGCGGCCGAGAUCCGCGCCGAGCAGAGCGACGUGUGCACGACGCACUCGCUCUGGUUGAACCGCGUCACGACCUCCGACGUCGUCCGCGCCGAGAUCCUAGCUGCCGAAGCCCAGCUACCGCACUAACAACCCCAUCUCAGAACUGCAUUUGUGGGUUUUAAAACGCUGCGGCGGAAACGCCCGCC